CGAGGCUGCGGUCGGAGUCCCUGCCGCCCCCCGCAGCCGGCAUGGAUCUGGUUUUAAACCGGGCGGAUUAUUCACAGGUGGGAGUGACCUCGCAGAAGACAAUGAAGCUACUUCCUGCGUCAAGACAUAGAGCGGCACAGAAGGUGGUUAUUGGAGAUCAUGAUGGAGUAGUCCUGUGCUUUGGCAUGAAGAAAGGAGAAGCAGUGGCAGUAUUCAAGACCUUACCAGGGCAGAAGAUUGCCCGACUGGAGCUGGGAGGGGUUCUUAAUACACCUCAGGAGAAAAUCUUUAUUGCUGCAGGAUCUGAGAUUAGAGGCUUCACCAAGAGAGGAAAACAGUUCCUCUCUUUUGAAACGAACCUCACUGAGAGCAUUAAAGCUAUGCACAUAUCUGGCUCUGACCUCUUUCUCAGCGCAAGUUACAUCUAUAAUCAUUAUUGUGACUGCAAAGACCAACAUUAUUACCUUUCUGCAGACAAAAUCAAUGAUGUCAUCUGCCUUCCAGUGGAAAGAGUACCUCAGAUUACACCCAUCUUGGCCUGCCAGGACAGAGUGCUCAGGGUUUUACAGGGUUCUGAUGUGAUGUAUGAAAUUGAAGUUCCUGGCCCACCUGCUGUCUUAGCACUGCACAAUGGAAACGGAGGCAACUCUGGGGAAGACCUCUUGUUUGGAAUGGCAGAUGGGAAGCUCGGGCUUAUUCAGAUCACCACCUCCAAGCCAGUGCACAAGUGGGAAGUUGGAAAUGAGAGAAAGCGGGGAGGUAUUUUGUGUAUUGACAGCUUCGAUAUUAUGGGUGAUGGGGUUAAAGAUUUACUUGUUGGGAGAGAUGAUGGAAUGGUGGAAGUGUACAGCCUGGAUAACACAGAGGAGCCUGUUCUGCGAUUUGACCUGGCAUUGUCUGAGAGUGUCACGUCCAUCCAAGGUGGUUGUGUAGGGAAAGACGGUUAUGAUGAAAUCGUGGUGUCCACCUACUCAGGUUGGGUCACAGGUCUGACAACUGAGCCUGUUCAUAAGGAAAGUGGACCAGGAGAAGAGCUCAAGAUCAAUCAGGAGAUGCAGAGUAAAAUUUCUUCUUUACGGCAUGAGCUGGAACAUCUGCAGUAUAAGGUGCUACAGGAAAGAGAGAACUAUCAGCAGUCUUCUCAGUCAAGCAAAGCAAAGUCAGCAGCACCUCCAUUUAGCAUAAACGACAAGUUCACAUUAAAUAAAGAUGAUGCCAGCUACAGCCUCAUCCUAGAGGUGCAGACCGCAAUAGACAACGUCUUAAUACAGAGCGAUGUCCCCAUAGAUCUGCUUGACGUGGAUAAGAACUCUGCAGUUGUCAGCUUCAGCAGCUGCGACUCCGAGUCAAAUGACAACUUUCUUCUCGCCACUUACCGCUGCCAAGCAAAUACCACACGGCUGGAACUGAAGAUCCGCUCCAUCGAAGGCCAGUAUGGCACACUUCAAGCCUACGUGACGCCAAGAAUCCAGCCCAAAACCUGCCAGGUGCGCCAGUACCACAUCAGGCCCCUCUCUCUCCAUCAGAGGACGCACUGCAUUGACCACAGCAGACCCAUGAACACCCUGACGCUGACAGGCCAGUUCAGCUUCGCUGAGGUCCACUCCUGGGUGGUGUUCUGCCUGCCUGAGGUUCCGGAGAAGCCUCCAGCAGGAGAGUGCGUGACCUUCCACUUCCAGAACACCUUCCUGGACACCCAGCUGGAGAGUGUCUACAGAAAAGGAGAAGGAGUUUUUAAAUCUGACAACAUUUCUACAAUAUCCAUCCUAAAAGAUGUGCUUUCUAAAGAAGCUACAAAAAGGAAAAUUAACCUCAACAUAUCAUACGAGAUAAAUGAAGUAUCCGUCAGACACACUUUAAUGCUGAUCCACCCAAAGCUGGAAUACCAGCUCCUCCUGGCCAAGAAGGUGCAGCUGAUCGAUGCUCUGAAGGAAUUGCAAGUUCAUGAAGGAAACACAAACUUCCUGAUACCAGAGUACCGCUGUAUCCUAGAGGAGGCUGACCACCUGCAGGAAGAAUACAAGAAGCAGCCUGCACACCUCGAAAGGCUCUACGGUAUGAUCACCGAUCUUUUCAUAGAUAAGUUUAAGUUCAAAGGCACCAAUGUGAAAACCAAAGUACCUCUCCUGUUGCAGAUUCUGGACAGUUAUGAUCAAAAUGCAUUGAUUGCUUUCUUUGAUGCUGCAUGAAAGAUAAACAGGGCAAAGUCCCAAAGAAGUGGUCUUUUAAACAAAAUGUUAAAGCCAAAUUACAAGCCAGCUUGAAAUAACUAAAUAUAUUUGAGAUACAUUGACUUUAAGCUUCUGUUUCUUUUGAAAGAUGGAACUGUUUAAAAAUAAAGUCUUAUUUUUAAAA